AAAGAGACAGUAGUAGCGUAGUAGCAAGAAGUCAACUGUCAUUGACGCGUACGGGUGCGAUUCAAUUUGAAAAAAAAAAUCUUUUUCGCCGAGACUUCGCGGACCUCAUAGUAAAAAGAAAAAAACUAAAUAAAAAACAAGAUCGGUGGUGGCGAGAGAAGAAACAGAAGGAAUGUGAAUAAUGUUGAAUUUUCAUUUCGAAUAAGUCGCGCGUUUGAGCGAUAGCCACGAAUCACGUUUUUCUUUUCGAUUCAUACAAUCUGAGAACUUCAUUACAAGGAUAUACGGAUAAUCAAUGAAUGACCGGUGAUAAAACGGCUUGGAUAAGUGUCAAAAUAUUCGAGUGAAUUUUUUGAAUGGUUGAAAAUGAAAAAAAAUAAGAAAAUAAACUCGAAGUAAAGCAACCCGAGAUACACGCGGUGAUGAUUCGGGAAGUGAGGUUAUGUCGGUCACUUGUCACACACGCGAGAACGAGCGCGCGCGCGCACCCGUGACUUUCUCCGACUGAGUGUUGUUUGUAUACAUAUAUAUUUUAUUAUACAUGCAAAUAUAAAAUAUACAGAUCGCGUACGUACACGUAUACGUCUACGGGGAGUGUUUUGUCUCCGUCGCCACGCGCUCGUGUCACGUCGCGUGCGAAUCGUCUCGACACCCACGAGUUUAGCAUUUAUAGUUAAGAAAACACAUAUUGCGAAAACUAUUCUCAGUGCCAGAGUGUAAUAAAUAUAAAAACAACAACAGAAACACGUUAACGAAAUUUAUCGCACGCAGCCGAAACGUGCACGUUACUAUUUUAGCACUCUUGUUUUUUUACCCACUUUUUCUCACCGUCAAUGUUCAAUAUCCACGCUCCGAACAUGACUUUCUCAAGUAUCGCGUUUGACAAAAAAUGCCACCGCGAUUUUUAUCCUCGAAUUUUACGAUCCUUAUGCUUCUUUUCGUUCAGAUUUUCGUAGCUCGGAAAAAUCACAGUUAAACGUAUUUUUAUGGCUGUUGAUUCUCAUAUUUUUGGUGAACCUUUCGAUCGAAGAGAGCCGUCAAUGGAUCAUCGAUUUUUGAGAAUAUCGUUCGACUCCCUGCUGAGUAGAACUCUUGAAAAUUUCAGUAGAAAUACAGUAAUUAACGGAAUAAAAAUAUGGUCAAAUAAAAGUUAAAAUUGAGAAUUUUACAUCUAUCCAUAGUUUCUGAGAAUCAAGUUUCCCCAUACUUGCAUUUUUACUGCCGAAUCUAUAUCUUUGUUAUUUUUUAUUAUUAUUUAUUUAUUUUUCACUCUGCGUUUUGUCAACCUUAUUUUACAUACAUUGACAUGGACCGUUAUUUCAUUUACUUUCAAUUACGUUCGUAAUAACCUAUUUUUCCUGAGUUUAUCCUGUCAGAGCAAACUUUUUUAUCCCUUCAUCCCCCAUCGAGAACUAUUCACGUUUAAACUCAACUAUGACCGACAUCGAUAUUCAAGAUUUGCACAACUUGCUCGUUUACUUUUCUAAAAAUACUUACCGAGCCAAGGAUCCGGACAAUACGAGUCAGGCGAUAAUGCAGCAAUGUUUACUGCUAACGGAUCUGGAUUACGCUCAUUCAGUGAUAAACAACAACGGUGGAGAUUUGAGCGCUCAUUAUCCAAGCCAUUUGAUAAUCCUUGAGUACGAGAAGCACAAAAAUCCACAAACGUGUGAAACACCGCCACCAAUGCCACGAACGACUGAGACUAUUUAUGAGAGCAUAUACGAUCCGAAUAAAUUGAAAGAAUUGAUAAAGAGCGCUAGAUACGCGAGAUGUCGUUCGAGAUUUCCAUUGCCGGUGAUUUUAUACAAAGGUCGACACAUUUGUCGGAGCGCGACACUCUCCGGUGGACCUGAGAUCUAUGGCAGAUCAGGAUUGGAUUUCUUAUUCGCUGGCAACGAGACUGGUGUUUUGGAACAAGACGACGAAGCGAGAGCCGCUGGCGAUACUGGUAUUUUAAGCGACUGGCAAUUAUUCGAUAAAGUACGAAAUCAGGAUAUCAAAUUGCUAAAAACUCUUAACGUUGGUAAUAUCGUCGAUUUUAUGGUCGAGAAGAAAAAAGUCAAAUUCGGAAUGAACGUAACGUCCUCCGAGAAAGUCGACAAGGCCAAAAGGUAUUCGGAUUUUACGAUAAUGUCACUGCCGUAUCCGGGAUGUGAAUUCUUCAAGGAGUUCCGACACAACGAUUACUUCGCAGCGGAUCUCGUAUUCGAUUGGUCCCAGGGACACAUCGACGCCGAAAUAAGCGUUCCGGAUGAUCCGAUUUCAUUGCAAUUGCGAAUUAAUUGGGAACAGUAUCAGGUGUGGGAUCUGGUACAGCUUACGCAAAACUACAUGAAACUCAUUCUAAAAUAUCUCACGGAUAGCAGUAGUGGAAUGUUGAUCCACUGUAUAUCGGGAUGGGACAGAACGCCGCUAUUUGUUUCAUUGUUAAGGCUAAGUCUGUGGGCUGACGGUGCAAUUCAUACGUCUCUAAAUCCGUGUCAAAUUCUCUAUUUAACGAUAGCUUAUGAUUGGAUGUUAUUUGGCCAUGACCUAGCGGAUCGCGUGAGCAAAGGCGAGGACAUAUUUUUCUUCUGUUUUCAUUUUUUGAAACACCUGGAGGAAGAUGAGUACAGCGUUUCGCCUCGUCAUGGACGUACGAAACACUCGGUACUUCGUAACGACAGCGAUUCGCACCUCGACAACGUCAUGUUCGACAACGAUUCCAUCGUGACUCAUAGCUCGGUCAGCUCCAACAUCAGUCUAAACAGUUGUUGCAGCUCGUUCAGUCAAAACAGUCGCGACAGCCAAGACAAUAAUCCACCCUCGGUUUUUCCAUGUUCUUCCACCGAACCCCAGGACGAUUUUCACAGUAACGGGAACGUCGUGCCAUGGACUUUUCACACAUCAAAUAAGGAAACCGCUGCUGUUGGACACGGCUCUCGUUCGCCAUUGCCAACGAACAGAACGUCGCCGGUCGCAGUGCCAAUGCCGGGACGGCUUAGACAACGGAACGAGUCAACGUCUUCCGGUGGUUCUUGGCAAAUGGUUUCGGGAACUGGAAGUUUUCGGGGCUCGACAACCGCGAACGGUGCACUUCCGGAAUAUUUGUCCUCGUCCGGUCUGUCGUCCAAGUCCAACUACGUCUCGUCCACGGGUCAAACUUCACAGGAAUCGAGCACAACAAUAAUCGAAGACGAUACAGAAAUUCCAUUGCCACAAAGUCGGAAGGAAAGACUUCAUUGUUUGCGAACAGUUUUUUCAACGGCUUACGCUCAUACGGUCGGUUUGCGAAUGAAGGACAAUUCGGAAGCGGCGAGUUUCAGCCAGUUACUCGGUAAUUUUGCGGAAAAAGUUGGAAUAAUAACACCGCAGCGAACAUCGUUGUGACCGUAGAAAGCGUUUAUAAAUAUUUUUUAUUACGUAUGCGUUUUUGACUGGCCGUUGUUGUUAUUGAUUCGUCGACUCAACUGAGAUUUUUAUAUUAAAAACUUGUAACAACGAGACAAAGAGACACGGGCGAAGAGAGCCAAACUGUAAAUUAUUGUUUAAACGUAUGCUGAAACGUCGAGGAUCUCGUUAAUCGGAAAAAAAAAAAUAUCGAAAGAAAACUUAUUGCAAACGUUUGCUGACGCCACGAAAUCGCGUUACGUAAUAAACUUGAUAUUUUUGUAUAUAAUCGUGAGAUUUAACGGGGAAUUGACGAUUGCCAAGGUAUGCCUGUGCAAGAAUAUAUUCAAAGCUCAAACGAGAUUAUUAUAUAACAAGAAAAAAAAGGUUUAAAAAACGAACAAUUGAAUAAGGAAAAAUGAGUUAAUAAAACGAUUCACGACUGUUGGUGGUAUUUACGACGACAUGAAA